CGGAAGUCAAGUACGCGAACCAGAAGAACGUGUGUCGUGAUGGAAAGAGUGUUAUGUGAUCUUGAACAACAUAUAGAAUGACAUAUGUGACGAUAUACUUUAAAGUAUUUAACUCUAAUCCCAAAAAUAUUAGGCUGAGCGGUAAAUACCGACAUUUUGCUUGUGUUGCCGGUUACGAUGCGUCUGUCAUGUAACCCUUGUAUAACCUUGGCGAGGAUCAAUCGCGUCCGAUGGAGGCGUCUGCUGGCAAUAAGCGAUCAACAAUUAACCAGACACAGGACGUUACACACGAAGGCCUUUUCAGCUGGAUGCACGCAUCAUUUAAGACACUAUGACACUCGUGCAGUCUCUGAUGAGAAACCAUCCCCAGGUACCUUUGAAGGGUCCAACUCUGAUGAUGAGUUGGACAACAUCGCACUGGCCCCUCCAGCUACACCCAAGGACUAUGUGUCACUUCACUUUCGCACAGCAGCAAAGCUAGUGCAUCUCAAUGCGAAAAAUGUUGGUAGAAAUUUAAGUGUUAUUCUGCCACUAGGACAAGACAUUCCAUUUUCGCCUUCAAAGAAUAAGGUGGAAACAUUGUUCAUACCAGCGCCUCCUGUGGACAUCACAGUACCACCAAAGAUUACGACAGCUACUGACGAUAAUCUGUGGAGAGAAUGUCAACUUGAUUUGAGGAAGCUACCCCAGUACUACCUCAAGCUUUCCAAGAUCAGACUAACUGGGCUGGUUGUGCUGACAUCAAUGGCUGGGUAUGCAAUGGCACCUGGAGCUUUUGAUCCCACGACAUUCAUUCUAUGCACACUGGGUACUGGACUUUCCUCCUGUGCAGCUAAUUCCAUUAAUCAGUUCUUCGAAGUCCCAUUUGACUCUCAGAUGAACCGCACAAAGAACCGAGUGUUGGUACGGGGUCAUCUGAGCCAUCUUCAUAGUGUGAUCUUUGCUGGGGUGUGUGGAGUGACAGGCAUCUCCAUGUUGGGGCUGGGUGUGAACAGCACAACUGCCCUGCUUGGGGCUUUCAACCUUGCACUGUACACUCUAGCUUACACCCCGAUGAAGAGACUGAGCAUCAGCAACACCUGGGUGGGGUCUGUAGUUGGUGCCAUACCCCCCAUGAUGGGCUGGGCUGCGAGUUCAGGCGGGCUGGAAACAGGAGCCUUGCUACUGGGUGCGAUCAUGUAUGCCUGGCAGUUUCCUCACUUCAACGCCCUCAGCUGGAACCUCCGCCCAGACUACUCACGUGCAGGCUACCGAAUGAUGUCUGUCACAAACCCAGCGCUGUGUAAACGUGUAGCUUUCCGCUACUGUGUGGUGACCACUGGACUGAGCCUCAUGGCUCCAAUAGUAGACUUGACCACAUGGACGUUUGUUGCUGGAUCACUGCCACUUAACUUAUACUUCUGUUACCUAGGUUACUGCUUCCACCGUGAUGGGGACAGCAAGUCAUCACGGAAGCUGUUUAGGUUUAGCUUGAUACAUAUCCCAGCCCUCCUAGUGAUGAUGUUGGUAAGUAAGAAGUCCCAGGAAAAGACAGCCGAAAGUCAUCUCUCGUCAAGUGAACAGCUCACAAGUGUACAGUAAGAGACCAUGGUAGUUUUAUGUAUGUGUGACAUGUUGUUGUUAAUGGUCUGCAAUACUGUGAUAUUGUAUGAGUGGUCUCCCUUGGACAAACAUGCUGCAUGAUGCAACAAGAUUGGUGCAGCAAGAGGAUGGACCAUGUUAUCAAGUGUCUGGAAACAUCACCUUACCUGUUGGAGGUUUCAGUUCAGUUCGGUCUGUAUUCACUCAGGGGAAAACAUGAACAUUUUCAAACGUUUGUAUAUGAAUAAAUGUGUUGUUUUUUUAA